AUGACAGAAAGUGGAAGUAAAUGCCGCAAUCUGCAUACUGAUAACGUCGCAGUAGUAGAUACUGGUAAAAGGUUGAAACGCGCUAAUACGGUACUAAAGCUGGCGUAUAAGGAUUUAAUCAGCAAUGGUUUUUCACACAGCAACGAGUUGGAUAUGUCCAUAGUGGCAAUCAGUUGCAAGGGUGGGCCUGACACCUUAGCGAUGCUGCAGUUGGCCACGAAUUCCCGGUGUUGGCUGUUUGACUGUGUGAAGUUGGGCGCCACCUAUGCGACGUUUUUGGACACACAAUUGGGGUAUGAGAUCGACCACCACUCACAGAUACAGGUCAGUCUAGCCAAGCUACUAGAGAAGUACGAGUUAAAGCACACCACCAAGGAUGCCGUGCAUAGUGCCAGGGAGGGGGAUCCUAAGUACUGGUUGAAGAGACCCUUAGCCAGUAGAGCAAUCCAGUAUGCGGAGGCAGAUGUGAGUUUGUUGCUGAAAAUGGGACAGCAGAUGGUGGCUCAUCUAUCUGGGGCUUUGUCAUCAGUCAACAAUGAAACAAAGUUAUCCGUAGUACUCCGUGCGUUGAGCCUGCGAGUGUUAUAUGUUGCUGAAUCGAAGGACAACGCGCAAUUGCGUUCGACACAUCAUCCAGUUGCAGACCUUGCAGCCAAGAACUACUGCAUGCUCUAG